UACAGGAGCGCAAAACUGGAAUUUAUGCAAAGUCUUAUGACGGGAAAGAAAAAAAAGCCGCCAUCGCUUUCUGAGUAGGAGUGAAAUCUGAGAAUACCCUGCAGUAACUUAAUAAAAAAAACAUGAUGAGAGUGGGCUAAACUGCACACUGCGGGAAUUCAUGGCCUCACUUCAGCAAACUUCCUCAAAUAUGCCGUUAAGCCAUACUUCCUCUGUUCGGCGCGCGCCUACUUCCUACAUGCAGUAAGUAGCUGAGAUCCACAGCGGAGUGCGCGUGCUUGCAGACGGACCCGCUGCUCGCGCUGGAAUUAAAGCACCUAAAGCGGAGUAUGAUCGCUGCGAUUUGACUGGCUGUGCCUCGUUCGACCGUAAAGCGGAUGUUUUGUAAAAGAAGAAUCUUUGCUCAGCAGUCUGCAACACCCCGCUGCUGAUGCUAAGAGAUUGCUGAAGUAGAUCCAGUAGAUCUGAGUGCUCCAUCCCUCCAGCAUGCAGAGCAUCAAGUGUGUGGUUGUGGGAGAUGGUGCGGUGGGGAAAACCUGCCUGCUCAUCUCUUACACCACUGGCGCCUUCCCCAAAGAGUACAUCCCCACUGUGUUCGACAACUACAGCUCUCAAGUGAGCGUGGACGGCCGGACCAUCAGCCUCAACCUGUGGGACACGGCAGGACAAGAGGAAUACGACCGCCUGCGCACGCUCUCCUACCCCCAAACCAACGUGUUCGUCAUCUGCUUUUCCAUCUCCAGCCCGCCCUCCUACGAGAACGUCAAGCACAAGUGGCAUCCCGAGGUGACGCACCACUGCCCCAAUGUGCCUAUCCUCCUUGUGGGCACCAAGAGUGACCUGCGCAACGACCCUGAGGUGCAGAAGAAGCUGAAAGCUCAGAACCAGGCGCCCAUAACGCCGCAGCAGGGCCAAGCGCUUGCUCGCCAAAUCCAUGCGGUCAAGUACAUGGAGUGCUCGGCGCUCAGCCAGGACGGCAUCAAGGACGUGUUUGCCGAGUCUGUUCGCGCUUUCCUCAAUCCUCAACCCGCUUCGCCCAAAAGACCCUGCGUGCUCCUCUGAAAACUAAGUCCUGAGAUAUAUGCGAAAAUUUGAUAUUAAUAUUAUAAUAAGAAAUGUAUAAAGAGAAUCAGUCUUUCGGAAACAGAUUGCAGGAGGAGUCAGGAGUCAGUUGGCUGGUGCUUGAUAUUUACAGGCUGUGAAAAUAGUAAUUAAUACUGUACGCUCGGACAAACAGGCAGGGAACAAGCACAUCAGUCAAGUUUGAAGGAAAUUCAAAGCACAUACAAUAGUUUUGCCAUUCUUAAUCACCUAAUGGUAUUUUUGAGCAUGGAGGAUAGAUACAUGAUUGUGGAUUGUAUGACCUCGUGAAAGGUUUAUGCCUCAUUCUAAAGAAAUUUACACAGUUUUCCCUUUACCACAAGCGUAGCAACAAGUCAUGGAAGUCUAUUUCACCUCGGUGUGUCACAAAAUUUAGGCUGACGAUUAAUUGUCCUACCACUAAUUACGAUUAAUGAAGGAAUUGUCUUUUCUGUUAACCUUAUACCACUCGUAAGCUUAGCAGUAGUGUACUUAUGCACAUAUACAGCAAAGAUAUAAUAUUUGAUAAAUAUUUCUGCCUAGCAGACUAUAAAAAAUAGAAAAGGAAAACAUAGCACAAAGAACAUAUUAAUAAAAUUGUAAUAUUAUUAAAUCCACAAAUACACUAUAGCAACAAUUAUAUAAAUUAUAUAGUGACAGUUAGGUGAUUAUGUUAGUAAGUUAGUACAGAAUAAAACAGGACAAGGUGUGCUGUUGUAAUAAAUAAAUAAUAUAUAUAUAUAACAGCUCAUCCUGAAAUGUUUUACUCCUCUUAUACUAUAAAAAUUACCUUUGAUUUUAAUUUAAAGAGAGACACGUGAUACUUACUUUUCUCUUUCCUCUCCCUUGAAGUUAAUAAGAUAAAAACCUAAGCUUGUCCUGUUACUGAGAAACGGGAAAGAGCAAAUUCCUCUGUCCUGAAGACUUUUCUGUGACAGAAACCUUAAAGCUUUAACUUUGACUGUUAUAAAGUGCUGACACUGGAGACUCCAUUCAUAAAAACUAAAUAAACAUCUCCUCAAUUACACGUUUUUUUUAAAUCCAUUUAUGUAGAUCAUCCUCCAUACAACUCCAUGUGUAAGUUGAUACUAGAGAGAAUAUUAAAAUAAGAGAAUUAAUAUAAACCUUAUUAAAUAAAAUUAAUCAACAUUUUCUGACCAAUCAGAAUCGAGCAUCCAACAUAAGUUUGAUAUAAUAUGAUUAUCAUUUCUUAAAAAAGUGUGAAAUAGAGUGAAACAGACAUCUAAUACUUAUUUGCAAAAUAUGUUAGCAUGUCAUGGCUGAUGGACUACAUUUGAAGUAAAGGGGAAAAUGGUGUGAAUUUGACAUUUUUCAAGAUUAAAUAAUAAGUAAUGUAUCAUUGAAAGUACUAUUAAUAACUAUGCAGUUAGUGCAAUCAGGAACUUGAGAUUACAGAUUAUUCUUGUACGUAUAUAAAACAAAGCAUUUAAAUAUCUCAAGGUGCAUGCUGAGCGACGGGAUUAUAGCUCGUAGAGACUAUAUCUACGGUCACUUGGCUUUUAGUGCUGGUUGACUUCAGACAUAAGCGUAGUCUGUGUCUGCGUCAGCAGCUGCAGGAGUUGCAGUGCAGGGAAACCUCAGUUAUGCACUGACCACACUACUUCCCCAUUACUUCAAUUUGAUUGGGGGAAACAAGCAUCUUGGCAGUCUACUCAGGAAGCAAAGGCUCUAGUAGAAAUCACACUCCAUUCUCGUUUACUGUUUCCCAGCAGGACAGGGUGGGGCUUCAGGGGGAAGCAGCUCAAAUUAGAAAACCUGUCACUUUCAGCACUUGAUGACUGAACUGGAAUCAGCUUGCAAUAUUUUUACAUCCUAGUUAUACUGUAUAUUAUUAAAAUCACAUUCACAGUUAUGAACAAUUAUGCUUUAAGACAAAUCUUUAAGAUAGUCUCUUCAAAAAACUCUCAUGCUGUCCUACCCAAUAUGUAGCUAAUAUGUUAAAAUUUAGAUUUUUUUAAAACAAAAUAGUAGCUUUUUACUCAUGAGUAGAAAACAUGCAGAAAAUUUGGCCAGAUGAUUAUGUACCAAUGAUUAUUUAAUGGAAACCCCAGUUUGCGGUCAGUACAGAUUUUCAAUCAAGUUCCCAGUGAACUCGCCGCUAACAUAACAUAUUAGGAGUCAAUCAGAGGACUUUCAGUUCCCAUGAGUCCUUGGUGACAUAUAAAUGAAUGAGCAAGCCUUGAAGCUAGAACACAAAUGCAGUUUCUUCAGGUUACUGACAGUCCCUUACAAAGCCAUCCUUCAGCUUUAUACCACAUCAAGUGACAGACAUGGCUUGUUGUAGAACCACUUCUUAUCUGUUAUCUAACUUCGAGUUAGAAGGUUCAAACUGGGCCCAAAUCCUGACACAGAUGCCUUCAAGGCUCUGUGAAUUUUGAUUUGUUUGAUUAUAAGCUGAAUAUGCAUCAAGAUGAGUGCUUGAGGUUCACAGUUCAAAGCAUGUCAAGCUCUGAGUUUAGGCUCCAUGAGCUGAAAUGGCAUUACGCAUGCACCCUACUACUGCUCAUGACUGCAAAUGCAUUUGCUAAACAAUAUUACUGAGCAUUUUCACUUUUUACACAUAUCCUAAAAUUUUCCAUAAUUUCAACCUUUUUUUUCUUUUUAUAUGCCAUUGUGAUGUUUAUCAAGGUACCAUGUUCUGGGGGUGGGAGGGUGGGGGGGUUAAAUUCAUAACUAACAUGCCAUGGUGUCAAAAACAGUUGAAUUUAAUACAGAACCAUAUUUAUAAGAUCUAAUUACGUUUAUAGAUGUACCACUUCUGUCAUUCAAAAUUGAAAUAUAAGUGGAAAAAAACUGAAAUCGAACCAUUUCACACUGAAGAAUCUGCUUGCAAAGAAUGCAUUAAAAAGGAUGAAUUAAAAUAGUUGUUUCUAAACUUUGAGUUUUCUGUAUGCUAAAUAGAACUAGGUCUAUGUGUGGCACAACCUGGGCACAAAUCGCUUAUGAAUUUCAACAGAGUGAAAUGCAGGACGCAGACGCCGGACAGAGCUCAGUGUCACUGUGUCGCGGAUAAACAAGACAAGAAAAGCUCGCCUUUUCCUCAGUCUCAGAGAACAGCCAGCGCGGCAUUUUGUGCUGAUCCACAGGAAGUAAUCUUCCUCCUGGAAACAGUAGAGCUGGGAAGGGUUUAUAUUUCCGCACGCUUCCCCCCUCUGAGCCUGUCCCCUUGCGUCUGCCUCCAUCUUUUUGACACCAAAGAAUACUAAGUCUCAGCAGUGUCUCAGCAGUGUCUCACCACACCUUUAAAUCCACCUGUAUGUAAGAUGUUUUACAGUUUGUAAUUUAUUUUCCUAAAUUCCUGAUGAUGUAUUUGUUUAAAAAUGUGUUUUAAUGCAAAUAAACACAGCUUCCAUGUCA